ACUUCAAUUUCGCACUAGAAACAAAGUAUUUUGAGGGUUUGUCGAAAGAAAACUAUUGCAACCAGUGUUUCAAUUUAAAAAAUUAGGCUAUUUUAUCGCGGUAACUGAUAUUUAGCUUUGAAAGUGUAAAAUUUAUCUUAAGAAGUGACGUUUACCUUGUUGCUUUCCAAGAAGCGACGGACGUCGUUUGAUUGAUCUUUGUGGAAUUACGUCAUGGCUAUUCCCCCUGAAGAAGCGCAACGUAAGCAUUUUAGUUGUAGUUUAUUUAUGCCUUAGACCUAUAGAGUGAAAGGAGGUUGACUUAAAAACAUUUUAUUGCGAAUGUUCGAUUGUAGUGCUAUCUAAUACGUUACGAGUAAUUCAGCAUGUCUUCCCAAGGACAAGGGAAAAAUAAACGUAAAGGGAGAGGACGUGGAAAUGCAGGACGAGGACGAGGAAGAGGUCACGAUUUACCACCUACUCCUGGCACAACUGACCGUGUUGGGAAGCCUCUCGAGAAGAGUGGGAUUACGAUCGAGGAGAAGCCAGAUUAUUUAAAUCCUAAGGAUUCAAGUACAGCUGAUUUUGAUGAGAAACUAGCUGCUGGUGCGUGCGGUAAUGAUCUGUUAAAUGAUCAAAAAGACACAGUAAGACCGAAAAAAAGUUCUACAACUGCUAGCAGAGCAACGACAACUGUUGAAGAACACAACCAAACGGGAAGAUCUUCGGUCGAAACACCAUCAAAGUCUAGAAAGAUUAAAGGAAGACAACGCGAUAUACCUGCAAGUUCUUCUGACGAUAAAGGCGGAGGUGCUCCUGCAGCUGAUGCCUCCUCAAUAAAAUCUGUUGGUGCCACCACCCCAUCUUCAGCUGCUGCUACAAGCAGAACUGUGGCAGUGAACAAGGAAGUUGAAAAUGGGACAAAAAAGCUAGGUUCUUCUUUGGGAAGUGGAGGACAUACCACUCAUCAAACUCAAGGAAAUGGUGGCCCACAUCCUCCUAAAAGACCAGGUCAUGGCACAAAAGGCCACCCUAUAGCAUUGAGGGCAAACUUCUUUCGCCUCAAUAUUUCACCAGAGCUGUCAGACCUGUAUCAUUACGAUGUUAAAAUAACUCCAGACAAAUGUCCCAGAAGUGAUAAGAGAGAUGUUGUUAACAAAAUCAUAGAGGAAUACAAACAUACUACAUUUCAAGGCCACCAUCCUGCUUUUGAUGGUGCAAAGAACUUGUACAGCAGGAUCAAGCUGCCUGUUCCUGCUGAACUUGUUGUUAAAUUACCAGGCAAGGAUGGAGGUAAAGAGAGGAAUUUCAAGGUUAAAAUUCAGUUUGCUGCUGCAGUGAGUCUUUUGGAACUUAACAAGUUUUUAAGUGGAAAACAAAAUGGCAAAAUACCUCAGGAUGCAGUACAGGCAUUGGACAUUGUGGUGCGACAGAUGCCAUCAGUGUAUUACACCCCUGUUGGAAGAUCAUUCUUUCCACUUGAUGGUCGAAGAAGCCCCUUGGGUGCAGGAUGUGAAGUGAAAUUUGGUUUUUAUUCAAGUAUUCGGCAUUCUGAGUGGAAGGCAAUGCUGGUGAACAUUGAUGUCUCUGCGAAAGGAUUUGACAAGGAACAAGCUUUUGUUCCUGAUUUCUUGUGUGAAACCCUUGGUGUGAGAGCCCAUAACAUUGAAGAUCGCAGUUUUCAACCUGCCAGUUGGAAGCUUGAGAAAGCCAUACGUGGAAUACGUAUACAAACCACUCAUGCUGCCCCCAUUAAGAGGAAGUACACAGUUUGGGGUUUCUCUGGAGAAUCAGCCGAAAGGAUGCAGUUUGAUGUUACAGAUGAGGGAACAGGUCGCACAUACAAAACAACUAUUGCAGAGUAUUUCAGGGAUAGAUACGGUUUGACUUUAAGGUAUCCUCACCUACCAUGCUUAAAAGUUGGACAGAAAAAAGACAGAUAUCUGCCAAUGGAGGUCUGCACUAUUCUUCCUAGUCCAAGAAAAUAUUUAUCAGAACAACAGACUGCAAACAUGAUUAAAAGCACUGCUCGCCCUGCGCCUGAGCGACAGAGUAACAUUCAACACUGGGCCCAAAGAGUUACUCAAGCAAGUGGCAAAUACUUAAGAGAUGAGUUCCAUACUUCAAUCAGCACAGAGAUGGUUAAGGUAGAAGGACGUGUACUUCCAGCACCCACAAUCAACCUUGGACCACAGGAUCGGCCAUUGGUUCCUCUUCGUGGUUCAUGGGAUAUGCGCGACAAAUCGCUGCAUCAGGGAGCCCGGAUUAAUAAGUGGGCAUUGGCUUGUUUUGAUGGCAGAUGUCAUAAAGACCAGCUGGAAAAUUUUUCUAAGCACAUGGCCGAUGUAUCCAGUCGGCAGGGUUUGAGGAUGUCAGAGCAGCCAGUUGUUGUGGCAUACGCCAGGAGCGCCAGAGAUGUAGAGAGCUUGUUUUCUAAGUGGGUAGUAGAAAUUCCAGAACUUCAACUGAUCAUGGCUGUUCUGCCCGAGAGAGACAAACAAAUCUAUCCAGAGUUAAAACGUGUUGGCGACAAUGUUAUUGGGAUUCCAACGCAGUGUGUACAAUCAAAGCAUGUACACCGUAUCAACCUUCAGGUUUGCGCCAAUAUCGGGUUGAAGAUCAACUCAAAACUUGGAGGAAUCAAUCAUGAUAUAGAUCCGGGAGUAAAGUCGCCUGUUUUCCGAGAACCUGUUAUUAUCUUUGGCGCCGAUGUCACCCACCCCUCUCCAACUGAAAAUGGAAUUCCUUCCAUUGCUGCUGUUGUGGCAAGUAUGGAUAUCAAUGCCACAAAGUACUGUGCUCGGGUGCGAGCACAGAACCAUGAGAAUGGAAAAGCUGCUCAAGAAAUAAUUAAUGACUUGGCGGCGAUGGUGAAAGAGCUUCUUAUUGAGUUUUACAAGGCCAGUGGGAAGCUUAAGCCUACAAAGAUCAUCUUCUACCGGGAUGGAGUCAGCGAGGGUCAAUUUGACCAAGUACUUGUUCAUGAAGUGCGGGCUGUGCAACAGGCCUGCAUGGAUCUUGAAAAAGAUUAUCGCCCUAGAAUCACUUUUGUGGUGGUUCAGAAGCGCCAUCAUACGAGAUUGUUCUGUGAAAACCAACGAGAUGAAGUUGGAAAAGCAGGAAAUGUUCCUCCUGGUACAAUAGUGGACAGCGGUAUCACGCAUCCUUACGAGUUCGACUUUUAUCUCUGCAGUCAUUAUGGAAUCCAGGGAACAAGCCGACCCACACACUAUCACGUGUUAUAUGAUGAUAACUCAUUCACAGCAGACGGCCUUCAGCAGCUUACAUACCAACUGUGUCACGUGUACGCACGGUGCACACGUAGUGUUUCCAUGCCAGCCCCUACCUAUUAUGCACACUUGGUGGCUUUCAGAGCCAGAUACCACGUGACUGGAAAGGAAGGAAGUGUGGACCUGGAGAAGUCCGCAAAAGCCAUCGAGGUUAAUGCUAAGAUGAAAGGAGCCAUGUACUUUACUUAAAGAAGCACCAAGAAUAUGCCGUGUAUUGAAACAGUGUAACUGAUCUUCCAUGUUCAGAAUGGUGCCGGAGGGGGAAAAGCUCUUUUGUCUUGCGAUAAUUUUUUUCAAAAAACUUUAAUUAACAAUUGGUUCAUGCUUUACCGUGCACUAUCGAGUUAUGGAACACAUGGGAACUUUGGAGAGCACGAGAGAAGCGUAAGAGUUGCCCAAGGCAAUAGCCAAGGGCACUCUAGCUUUUUGGGUGCUCUCCAAACUUCUCACGUGCACCAUGUCUCGACAGUACACAGCUAAAAGCAUGAACCAAUUGUUUUAUAACAUAACCGCUGGAAUUGUGCAUCAAAUCCAACGCGAAAAACGGACAACAAUACCAGAAGUGAUUGUACGCGGUAAGCGAAAUAUUAAGCAAAAUAGGAAUUGGUUUAAUUUUCUGUUGAAAGUUUGAGUUUAAGAACUCUAGCCCAAGGGAAAAGU